AUGACUUCACAAAAGAUGACACUCGACGAUUGGCUGGACGACCUGUGCGUCCGCUUCAUCAACAACCUGCCCCAAGCAGACCUGACGUCUAUGGCACGAAUAUGUUUUCAGGUCGAAGAAGCCCACUGGUUUUACGAUGAUUUCAUCCGCCCCCUCGACCGCUCCCUCCCGGCCAUGACCCUACGCACCUUCUGCCUCUCCAUCUUCAAGCGGUGUCCGCUGCUUGCACCGUUUCCGAUCGAGCACCACGUGCUGGCAUUUGAGCAGUUCCUCAAGUACAAGACGAGCAUUCCCGUUCGCGGCGCCAUCCUGCUCAACGAGACCAUGGACAUGGCACUGCUCGUCAAGGGUUGGAAGAAGGGCGCCAACUGGAGCUUCCCCAAGGGCAAGAUCAACAUGGACGAGGACGACUUGGACUGCGCCGUCCGCGAGGUCGACGAAGAGACCGGCUUUGACAUCCGCUCAGCCGGCCUCGUGCCGCCUCCCGAGGAGGUCAAGUUCAUCGACACCUCCUUCCGCGACCAGCAGAUCCGGUUGUACGUGUUCCGCAACGUGCCCAUGGACACCCAUUUCGAGCCCAAGACCCGCAAGGAGAUUGGCGGCAUUCAGUGGUAUAAGAUUGCGGACCUGCCGAGCUAUCGAAAGAAGAACAAUGCGAAUGGCCAUGAAACCGACGAGCCCACAUCCGCGACCUCCAACCGCUUCUACAUGGUGGCGCCCUUCAUUGGGCCGCUUCGGAAGUGGAUCGCCUUCCAGCGGAAGAGGGAUGCUGCGCGCGCCGCCGGCAACAACUACCUGACGCCGCAAAUGGCCCACGCCGAGGACACCUACACGGAAGACGAAGGCAAUGCACUGCCCGAACCCGUCACCCAGGACACGCUUAGCGGUAUUGCCGAUCCCAACCAGAUUCUGGAAAACGCAAAUAGGGAAUUGCGGCAGAUGCUUCGUAUGCCGCCGCUGCCGUCCGACGAAGCGCCGCCUGUGCAGGCACCGGCUCCUGUUCAUCCGCCGCCGGUGCAGGAUGCGUUUGUGGACCCCAACCAAAACAAGGCCAAUGCACUGCUUGCCGUCUUAAAGCAGGGCGGCACCAUCAACGCCCCUCCGCCGCUAGCACCGGCGCCGGCACCGGGUGACGGCCAGGCCAGGUGUCCCAGCCGCAGUCCAACGCGCCACGAGCACAACACCACCAGCAAUACGAGCACCAACUGCCUCCGUACCCGCACUCAGCAGCAGCAGCAGCAGCAGCAGCAGCAGCAGCAGUACCAACAACCCCCGCCCCAACACCAGAUUCCUCAGCUAGGUCCGCCACCAAUGCAAGGUCAGCAGCCUUCGCCAGGAUACCCUCAAUACGAUGCACCUCGUCCGAACCUGCAGCAGCAACGGCAACAGCAACAGCAACACCUUACCCAUGCUCAACAGCUUGCACAGCAAAACCAGCACUUGCAGCAACGUUUUGAGCUGCAGAAGCCGCACCAGGGCCAGCAGCACCAACAGUCCUCGCAAAAUUACCCCUACGCGCAACAGCCUCCCCAGCAAAGCCAGAACAUGAAUCCCUUCGCACCAAACCCGCAGGUUCCCCCUCCACCUCCGUAUACGGCAAACGGCAACGACAUGCAAGGGCCGGCGCAGGCUUUUGCCCAAGCACAAGCCGCGGCUGCGGCGUUCCGGUCCCCACAGCAUGCUCCGCCACCGAUCCCACUCCUUCAUCCUCAGCCACUUCCGCCCGUUGUCCAGAAGGCACUGUUUGCUAGGGACAUGCUAGCGUCUCCAGACGCAUCGUCGCAGCAGGGCAACAGCAUGCUGCUUCCGCCGCCGCCGCCGCCGCAGCAGCAGUACCGCGGCCAGCAGGCCCCUUUGAGCAACCAUGCCGCUGCUCUGCUAAACGCGUUCAAAAAAGACGACAGUACUACCCGUCCAGGUGGCGCAAGUGGUGGUCCCCAGGAAACCGCUGGCGGUCCUGGCUGGCCACAACAGGAGCCCCAGCAACAGCCGCAACAGCAGCAGCAGCAGCAACAGCAGCAACAGCAACAGCCCCGCCACGCGUCUCAUGCCGUUCCGCAACAGCAGACUCAGCAGCCGCAACAGCCAUACGCGCCUCUCCAGCACAACCUCCACGGCGGCCGUCCCCAGCCGGCGUCGCAACACCCGUACGGUUCACUCCAGGCCGGAGCGGUUCCAGCAGCCCAGAACACCAAUCAAGGCGCACCCAACCCUCCGAGCGGCAACAACGACAAUUUUAAUCAGUACCUGCCUCGCCCUGCUGCGGCCAACAACGGCCCGCAAGACCAGCCGCCUGUCCGCACCCAGCACUCCGAUCAGCACAGGUCGUCCCUGCUUAGCAUGUUCACGAAGCAAACUACGCAGCCGGUACCUCAGGCCGCAGCACCGAUCCAUGUCCCUGCGUCCGGCUCUCCGGCAUCGGCACCCGCGCCGCCACAGCAUGCCACUUUGGGCCACAAUGCGAGAACCAGGCAGUCGGCCGGCGGCCCGCAAGGUGUCACAGCCCAGCGGACCGUGUACUCGGCGACGACAAUCUCCACGACACAAAGUCAGCAGGGUGCUGCUCUGGGCCAAGGCCAAGGCCAAGGCCAAGGCCAAGGCCAAAGCCAGGCCCAGGCAAUUGAGGCGGCAGCGCGUGCCAAUGGCGGUCCGAUCGAGAUGAAUGCCCAGACCAACCUGCCGUUCGGUGCUUUGACACUUCUGACACGGCCCAAAGCCCAGCAGAACAGCAGCCCCAGUCACAGCGGCAUAAAUGCACAUGCGACCAGGACAGACCGUUCACAACAGCAUCCCUCGACGUUCGCGUCGCCGAUUACCGAACUGCCGGCCGAGACCACGCAACUCCGCAAACAGCCCAGCCUCCCACGCCAGGUGAGCCAGCCGUACUCUACAUCGCCUAGCGACAGACGGCCCUCCACACGCGGCUCGCAGCCUCCUUACAACACCGCUGCAGUCGCGCCCGCCGUGGCAGCCACCCUGCCGCCGCACAGUACGGUCGUGCGGCGCCCUAGUCAUGCGUCGUCGUCGCCCACCGCGGCGGCGCCCGGAGACCAAUACCAGCCGCCGCAGCCACACCCGCUCCCCACACUCAACUACCCGUCUACGAACGCUGCUACAGGCGGCGCCAGCGUGCGAGCGCCUGAGCCGGCAAACCCCGAGCACAAGCAGAAGCUGCUGUCGCUGUUUGCUGCGAAGCAGCCACCGCCGCAGCCGCCUGCUAUGUCCGCCACCUCUGCUGCCAGCAUUGCCGGUGCCGGUCUCCACCCCAUAGGCAUGCACACGCCGCAACAUCUUCCGCCGCCGCAUCCUCAUGCUCAGCAGCAGCACGCCCCCCUCGGCCCUUAUGAAGCUGCAGACUCGGCACCAGCCAUUGAGGCUAAUAACUCAAGACGUGGCAGCAGCCAGACACCCAUCUCGCCGGCCAAUCGCAACUUUUUGCUGGGCUACCUCGCAUCUGUGUCAGGUACCCAGUAA